UAUUUGGGUUCCAUUUCGGCAGUUUUAUUCAGAAUCUCAGUUAGCGAACAACGUUAAGUGGAAAGCAGCAAUCAUGCCAAUUGAAAUCAACACCCCCGAUAAGUUGGAGUACCAGUUCUUCCCGGCCAGCGGAGGAGUCUUCACCUUCAAGGUACGCUCUCCCAAGGAUGCCCAUCUGGCCCUCACCUCUGCCCCCGAGGAGAAUGGUCCCAUUUUCGAGAUCUUCCUGGGAGGAUGGGAGAACACCAAGUCGGUGAUCCGCAAGGAUCGCCAGAAGCCCGAGGUGGCUGAGGUUCCCACUCCUGGCAUCCUCGAUGCCGGCGAGUUCCGCGGCUUCUGGGUGCGUUGGUACGACAAUGUCAUCACCGUGGGCCGUGAGGGCGAUGCCGCUGCCUUCCUGUCCUACGAUGCCGGCAGCCUGUUCCCAGUCAACUUUGUUGGCAUCUGCACCGGGUGGGGUGCCAGCGGCUCCUGGCUGCUGGAUGAUGCCGCUCCCUCGGCCCCUGUCAUGGGCUUCUCGGCGCCAACCUGCAGUGGUCCCGGAUGCUGGGUAGCCGCCGCCAACGGAGAGGUGCCUCCCAACGCUCUCGAGGGUGGUUUCGACAGCAGCGAGCAGCUGUACAUCGCCAGAGCCCGUCACGAGGGCGACCUCAUUCCCGGCAAGCUGCACCCAUCGCACGGCGUCACCUAUGUGGCCUACGGAGGCGGUGAGCACGGACAUGGCGAAUACGAGGUGCUCUGCGCCGCUGGCGGCCAUUGGGUGCCCGUGGAGGCCGGCAACAUUCCGCCCAACGCCCUGCCCGCUGGCGAGACCGCCGAGGGUGAGCCGCUGUUCAUCGGCCGUGCCACCCACGACGGCACCAUCACUGUGGGCAAGGUGCAGCCCUCUCAUGGCUGCUGCUACAUCCCAUACGGCGGCGAGGAGCUGGCGUACAAGGAGUUCGAGGUCUACGUGGCCAACUAAGUCCUACUCUGGGAUAAGACACAACGCACUGAAACCACAAUUGUUAAUCUGAGCGCUUUACAGUUCAACUGGUCGCAGAAAUUUUAUUUAUACUUGCAUUUUUACUCAAUACUGUUGAAGAAUCUCUUUCUAAUUGAAGCCGAAAAGGUUAUUAUUUUGUUCACCCGAAUUGGUAAAUAAACGAUAUGCUUAAGAAAUCACCAAUGGAA